CCCAACUCGAAAGACAAAAUCUUGACUCUCGGAACCCACAACCGUGUCUUCCAAUGCUGUGACAAGAACAACGAUCCUCUCAGAGCAUGACAGUGACCUCUUGACAACUUCCUUCCGUUUGGACCCCUCGUAUGCGAGCCAUAUUGCCUGGCCGACCCCAGUCGAAGCGGCAGGCUCUCAGUACUGCUCAUUGGGAUGGCCUUCGUCUUGUUGCCUACAUUUCUGGCAACGCUGCCAUCAUCCUCACCGGGCCCCAGUCUAUUGUUCAAACGAUAUAUGUCGACACCGUUGAUUCCCUCGUUGCGAUAACAAUCGAUGAAGCUACCGGGCGGAUAGCCCUCUGCGGUACCGAACAUGUCUAUAUCUAUCGGCCGGUCGGAAGAGAUGAGGGCGUUCUGCGGUGGGCACAGGUUCACGAGCUGACGCAUACGAAAGAACUUCGAGUGAACUCGUUGUCCUGGGGCUCUUCAGAAGAACUCCUGAUCGGCGGCUCAAGGCUUGUUCUUUGGUUCAUUCCCGAGUCCGGCUCACCGAGGGCCCUCUGGGAGGAAGAGUUGGCGUAUCCGGUGGCCCUUGCAUACAUUUCUCCCGACAGCAGCCUCAUCGCGUCGGUGGGGCAGCAUGAUAGACUGGUCAAGAUUUGGCGACGACUUUCAUACGAAGCAGAAAGUGCAAGAUUUGAUGUCUCAUACCUCCCACACCCGGCCGCCGUUACGAACCUGCAUUGGCGAAAACCAUGGUACCUCGAACAGAAUCUGGACAAUUUACUCUAUACAUUCUGCUCUGACAGUCAUGUCCGGGCGUGGACUAUGUUCGACCCGCAUGCCCUGUCCGUCUUGCAACAGGUGGGAGAUGUCGAUAUGAAUGCUUCGAUACAGCCCCGCAGGCUCAGUGUAAAUUCCAUGAGUACGAAGCGCUAUGCAUUCAUCAUCGAUAGUCGUGAUUUCUCCGCAGCCACGGAACAAGCCGUGCGUUCGUCGAGCCCAGGCGCUAGGGAUCACGCUCUCGAACAUCUCAUCGAGAUAGCCAACCGCAGUCCGGAGAUAUGUAUUGUCCUUGAUGGACUGGGCCACAUGUCUGUGUGGGGUCUAGAGAAUGCUGGCUACAAGAACAAAAUUCCUUCAGUCUUUCAUGUUUCACACGUGGAUGGGAUGAAUAUUCAUGUCCCUCAGUUGAGUGACCCCUUGGAAGACUAUGUUCAGUUCUGUAUCUUUGCUGGUGGCACCACACGCUCGUCCCUGUCAUUAUUACUCCAUUCAUUUGCGGGUGACAUCGAUUGGUAUGACAGCCCCAUCACGCAUCUUUUCGACACCGCCAUAAGGCAUGAUCGAACCCGGCUAAUAUCAUCUCUUGCCGGCCAUGGCGCUCCUAUACACCGCAUUGCUCGCAAUGUUGCCGGGAACAUCAUCUUGUCUGCGACUGAAGAAGGCCAGGCUAGUGUUUGGCAGAAUGGGGCAAACGACAAAACUGCCCCUUUGCUGCGUCGCAGCUCAUUCGCCAUCGGAGCCGAUAUCACGGAUGCAAUCGUCAUGUCUCGAGGAAGAUAUGCAGUAGUCUUGACUACUCACAGCCUAGAAUUGUGGGAUGUUCAGCAUGCGAAAGCGAAGCGUCUGGGUGCACUCGAAAUCGACCCGAAGCACAUACCAGAACGCAUAACUCAGAGUCGAGUUGCUGGUGAGAGGGCCUUGACCAGUCGUGUGAUUGUGGGCUACUUUCGAGAUAGCACGGCUGAGGCUUGGGAAUUCCUCCUUCCCGUUGGGGGUGGCAUCUCGAACAGAAAGCCCGGAUUUCAAGAAAUCAUAAGAGCUCUUGGAGAUAUAAAGUUGCAUGUUCAGAACCGAUUCCGGUCCAGGAUUUCGAUCUGUGACAAUAUGAACACCAACGACCGGCCUAUUGAUCCGCAAACACUUAGUGCUAUGGGAUAUGCUGCAGCAUUAGCCAAGGAUGACACCAUUGAGAUGGUCAAGUCCCAAGAAGAACCGGACUCAAAUAAGCCUCGUCUAUUCUCAGGGGUUUCUUUUGAGACUAGAAUUCCGAACCCAAAAGCUAUGAGUGCAAGUGGAUACGGCAAGGUUGUCCUGGUCAACGAUGAUAGUAGCAACCUGAGUAUCUGGGACGCCAAAACAGGUUCUUGGGAAUACCAACACGAGCUAGACGGCACUGACACUAUCAAGACGUUUGCAUGGGCAGUCUCGCCACAAGGUCAAGCUCUCCUCGCUGUUUGCUUCGAUUACCAUAUUGUCGUCCUCUCUCAAGUCAGGUAUUCCUAUCCGACGCACGAGAAUGCCUGGGUCGACCUUCGACAUAUCCGCAUACGAGAUUUUGCCACAUAUCGCAUUGGAGAUUUGUGCUGGUUAAGGAGUGGUGACCUGGUUGUAGGAUCGGGUAUUCAAUUGUUGGUGUUCAAAGGUUACGCAAGAAGUCACCACAAUGAAAACGCCAAACCACUCCAGGACAUCCAGAAACGGGCCUCUCCCGAGUCUAUAUUCCCCGUCAUGUCUGUGACCAAUUCUCUUCUGCCCGUUUUUCACCCGCUGAUGAUUUCGUUGUUCUCGGCUGUUGGAGGUUUAGCGACCUGCAGAAACAUCAUGGUCCGGCUCAAUCAGGAAUUGAAAUAUUUCACCGAAGGUGACACCUUGUCUAGUUUCCUAGACUUUCACCUGGAGGACUUGGGCCAGAGAAGUGUGGAGGCAGAAUUCAAUGACGGCAUAGACCUUGUCAUGAACGGCGUUAAUGGACAGGUGGAUGAUCAAGCCAUAUCGGAUGUUACGGACAGUCUAAUUGAAAAACUGAAGCAACAUGAGUUGUGGCAACUUGGCAACGAAUCUCAGACCAUAUUGAUCGAACAGAUAUCGGUGUACUCGGAACUGGAGAAACAGGAACGAUCUAUCGAUGACAAUGCUCGACGUUAUCUUCAAGCCUUGUAUAGCUCGGACGAAUCUGGUGUACCCUGGAGUGCGAUUUUAUUUGCAUCCCGGAGUACGUCUCAAGAAGUUCUAGUUGACCUUGUUACCCGGUUUUAUGGUGGAAAACUUACUUGGGAGGCUGCACGAAAGUCAGGAAUAUUCUGCUGGCUAACCGACGCAGAAGCUUUGCAACAGCAAAUGGAGAAUGUUGGCCGUGCAGAAUUUACCAAACAUGAGGAUCGAAACCCUGUGGAUAGUUCAUUGUACUAUCUUGCACUUCGCAAGAAGAACGUUCUUCAGGGCCUAUGGCGCAUGGCGAUUGGAGUUCGAGAGAAGGAGAAUACUCUCAAACUGCUGGCCAAUAACUUCAACGAUCCCAAAUGGAAGUCGACAGCAUUGAAGAAUGCAUAUGCACUUCUCAGCAAACGACGAUUCCAAUAUGCAGCAGCAUUCUUCCUUCUUGGCGACGGUCUGUGGGACGCAGUGAAUGUGUGUAUUCACCAAGUCAAAGAUCUCCAGCUCGCUAUCGCCAUUGCUCGAGUAUACGGGUCAGGUCAAGAUUCGGCAUUGACCAGACUUCUCGAACAGACAGUUUUGUCACGAGCAGUCGAAAGCGAACACGGUAGAUGGAUGGCCAGCUGGGCGUUUUCGCUACUUGGUCAAACAGAAGAGGCAAUCCGAGUUCUUGUGCAUCCUGUUCAUACUGUGGUUGGGAAAGACCUGGACAAGACCGACGGCUCGAUGGUUGGAUCACUGAGUUACACUGCCAAUGAUCCUCUCUUGUCAAUUCUUUAUACUCAACUACGCGCCGACUUUGUAAAAAUGAAUAAGUGGCGAGACAUCAUCGACCCGCAAGACGAAUGGUCGUUUGUUAUGCGAUGUGUACGGCAGUAUAUGCGGAUGGGCUGUGACGUACUUGCACUUGGGCUGGUCCGAGAUUGGGAGUUUGUCUCGGAAAGUCAAGUGGUGGCGCCGACUCAAGAUCAAGAAGCCGACAAGGUGUCUCCCAAGGUCCAGUUACAAAGACGAAAGACAUUUUUCGACCUAGAAAAGGAAGAGGAUGAGGCCAACAUGCCCAAAGCAAAGGCUCAGCAAACCGAGAAGAAGCCAGCCCCUACACAGUUUGUUGAACCGAGCGUUGACAGUCUGUUGGAUAACUUUGGAUUCUGAUAGAGACAAUGUAUGCAGUACAGAGGACGAUGUUUUGUACUUUUAGUAUAAUCAAUAUAUCACAUCUUGACAAUUCUGUGCUUUGAGAUGUCUGUGUCUGUCUUGAUACCCCGUAUCAUUUGCUUCAUGGCAUACAUCGCUCCGGAGAAAUGUCAAUCCGAUCCGGUACCAAGGGGAAAUCUUUGAGGCUGUUUUUAAUCUCUCUACACAUACUCCGUCCCACCUACACAACAACCAUCGUCGCAGCAAGGUACUUGCGAGCAGGAUACACAUCCGCUCCUCUUUGACCCUUCUAGAACAGAGACUGUCAUGUACUGCACGUGUAUCUUGUGAAGGAAGGCCUUGAACUCUGGUGAGUUUAACUCGACACGCUUUUUACUUUUCGCUCGCACUUUGUCAGCUGUUCUCCUUUUCACUUUUACACACAAUCUCACCCUCAGUCUCGUAUCAAAUCUCUAUGAUUCGAAUCAUGGCUUUCGAUUCCCUUCACAAGCACAGUGUCAGGACCUUGUACUGGUAUCAUUAUCACAUUUGUUCUCCAGUUUCGAUCCUCGAUCCUCGAUCCUUCGAGUCAAUCCGCAUUCAACGUCCGCUCUGUUCCUGAAACCCCUGUCUCCCAUCACCAACUACGGUCGUGUUCCCAUUUGACACCUUUGAACGACGACGACCACCUUUCUCAACCAUAAAUAUCCGUGUUGGUGUCAUCGACACUGACAUCACUUGUUUGCGCACUCUCACCCUCGACCUCAUCACAACCACCGCCGGUCGACAUUGUCUUCACUACUUGUGGAACUGGCCGGAUCAACUCUCUCCUGCUUUCUUACGACGCAUCUACCGGUGGUCUCUGUGUUGUCCGUGUCUGCGUUUGUGAUUGGGAGCGAACAGAAAAAGUCCUUGUCUAUUUCUUCAUUCCAAGUGUCAUUGUCAUUUUGAAUUGGUGGUUGAUGAGAUUCUGAUUUC